CCGCCGGGCCGCGGGGUGGUGCUGCCGCCGCUCCUUCCCUGCCUCCUUCCCUUCCUUCUUCCCUCCCUCCCUCCCGCCGCCGCCGCCUGGGCAGCCGACGGCCGCAAGAUGGAGGCGCCCCCCGUUACCAUGAUGCCCGUGACGGGCGGCACCAUCAACAUGAUGGAGUACCUGCUGCAGGGCAGCGUCCUGGACCAGAGCCUGGAGAGCCUGCUGCACCGCCUGCGCGGCCUGUGCGACAACAUGGAGCCGGAGACCUUCCUGGACCACGAGAUGGUGUUCCUGCUGAAGGGGCAGCAGGCCAGCCCCUUCGUGCUGCGGGCGCGGCGCUCCAUCGACAAGAGCGGCAUGCCCUGGCACCUGCGCUACCUGGGCCAGCCGGAGAUAGGGGACAAGAACCGGCACGCGCUGGUGCGCAACUGCGUGGACAUUGCCACGUCGGACAACCUGACGGACUUCCUGGUGGAGAUGGGCUUCCGCAUGGACCACGAGUUCGUGGCCAAAGGGCACAUGUUCCGCAAGGGCAUCAUGAAGAUCGUGGUCUACAAGAUCUUUCGCAUCUUGAUGCCGGGCAACACGGAUAACAUUGAGCCGCUCUCCCUCUCCUACCUUGUGGAGCUUAAUGUGGUAGCUCCAGCUGGACAGGAUGUAGUCUCCGAUGACAUGAGGAACUUUGCAGAGCAGCUAAAGCCUCUGGUGCAUCUGGAGAAAAUUGACCCUAAAAGGUUAAUGUGAUUGAAAAGCUGGGCAGCUAAGCAUUGCCUUCACCAGGGUUCUUCAGGGCUGUUUUUAUAAAACACCUUUCAAUCAAACUAUUGAGAAUUUGAAAGAUUGAAAAGAUUGAAAGAUUUGAAAGAUUUGAAAUACCUUUGAAAUCAAAACAUGGAGAGGGGAAUAAAGGACUACAUAGCAAUGUUUUGUUAGUUGCAGGUACUAAUUAUUUUUUCCCGCAUUUGCGGAUUGUGAAAAAAAGGAUGUGAUUUACCUGCUUCAGUGAACCUGCUUUGGCAGGGGGGUUGGACCCAAUCAUCUCUGGAGGUCCCUUCCAACCCCUACAAUUCUGUGAUUCUGUGUUUCUUUGAAUAAAAUGAGAUGCUUCUAGAAAAACAA